AUGGCCUUCACAAUGGAAUUAGAAACAAAUCCCGAAAUAACUAAAACCAGGCCCCGUUGGUUUGCCUGCAUCAUUUUCACAACAGGCAUAAUCAUGAUAACAGUGUCAGCUGUCGGAAUCGGAUCGUUUAUUGGUUACACAUAUUGUUAUAUAGAAAAUCGAAACGCUUAUGCAACAGGCAACGUGACCCAAUCAACAAACUUACACAUCAUUCAAAUGCCGUACGCGUCGAGAGCGAAUAACAGGACAAUCAACAGAGCUCUUAUGUCUAACGUGGUAGUUUCGAGAAUCCUACAAAUCGGACAUUUCAUUUGGGACGAUAGAGCAUCUCUCCCACGAUCGGAAGUGUCAAAAGAAGAGGAUACAAUUAAAGUUGUUAAAAUUAAUUAA